AUGGGAAUAAUAAAUUCUACCACAGUUAAUAAUAUAGAUGAUGACAAUGAAAAUUAUAAUACAAGAGGGAUCCAAUUUAAUUUUCCUUUAAUUAGUAGAUCAAACAGUGAGCAAGUAUAUGACAUACCGACCCAAGGACCGAAUAUAAAUGUUCAAAGAACAUCUGUAGUUCGAAACUAUGUAAAUUUACGCAGAAAAACAUUGCAAAUUAUUAAUAGUGGGAAUAAUAUUUAUUUAAUAAAUUUUUUUUUUGAUGCUCUUUAUGACGUUGAAAUAUCGAUUCAUUUUUGUUGCAAAGAAGGGUUUACAGAAAAACGAGAAUUAUUUUAUUCGCCAGGGAAAUACAAAACUAUUACAAAAGUGUUUCCGAAAGAAACAAAUCAAAUGUAUAUAAGUCAACCGGAGGAAGGAAUUAAUUUAAAGUUAUUUGAUAUUAAUGAUUUAAAAUCGAAACCAAAUUAUGAAUAUAUAAUACCUAUUUUGAUAAUACUUAAAGGUAUAGGUACACCAGUACCACAGGCCCAAUAUAAUUAUGCUUAUUUAGAAGAAAAGGAAACAAAAGAAAAUAGUAAAUCAGAAAAAGAAUAUCGAAUUGUUCUUUAUAGGCAAAAAAUACAAUUUGCAAAUAAAUAUUUUGAGGUCCAAGAAAUUUUUGGAAUUGAAAAAUCAAAUACUCCACAACCAAACCCCGUUGAUACAUCUUUCUCUGGAAAAGAAUGUGUAAUUUGCCUUACAGAAGAACGAAACACCGCUAUAUUACCAUGUAGACAUAUGUGUCUUUGUAAUACGUGUGCCAAUAUUGUCAGGAUGCAAAACACGAAAUGCCCUAUUUGUAGGCAAGGAGUUAAAGGAUUGCUACAAAUUGCAGUUGAUAACAAAAAGGGAUGA